AUGAUAGAUGAAGAUAUCGUCGUUUCGGAUUCAGAUGUGGAUAGUGAUUAUUCGAAUAUUGAAGAAGAGGAGCCAAUAAGACCACCCAAGAAGAAAACAAAGAAGCAGACAACUACUUACAACUGGACGGAAGAUGACUUGCCCAUGGAUUUAUUGUUACCCCCAGAGAUUCCACAAGUCGAAAAUAUAAAACUGCCUUUAGAGGACUUCAUCAAAUUCUUUUCGUUUGAUCUUAUGCAAGAAAUAGUGGAUCAAACUAAUCUAUAUUGUACUCAAGUGACCGGAAAUUGGACUACAAAUAAAGUGUUUUCUCUCAAAGAAAUUAUCCUAACGAGAAACAGGACUAAUUUUUUAAAAAUGCCAUUGCGAGUUGCAUAUGUUAUUUUCGAUCGAGAUUCCUUUAAACAUUUAACUGACUAUAGGUAUAAACACAUAGAUAACCUAACCAAAAUUAACUACAUCCUUUUUAAUGCGUUAUGCGAUCUUCUUAAUACAACCCAAGUUAAAAUAUUUAGACUGGAUUGGGGAUUCAAAAGCAAACAACCUAAUAACACAUUUACAAAAGGCCUAUUUGGAGACAUCAUAUAUGACAGAGCCGAUAUUUCAGGCACUGUGUCCUUCACCCCAGCUAACCGCUUACAACAUUUUAAUUACCUCUUCGCUCCAAUGAGAGAAUUCUCCGUAAAUUUUAUAUUCCGAGCACCUCCAUUAGCCUAUUAUUCAAACUUAUUUACGUUGCCGUUUGACAAAUGGGUUUGGCUGACCAUUGCUGGUUUCGCAAUUUUUUGUGGAUACGUCGUUAGAAUUAUAUUUUCAUGGGAAUCGAGAGAGGAAGUUUUUGAAGAACAUAAUGAGAAUAGGCCAAGUUUUCUAGAUAUCGUCAUGAUGCAGAUAGCAUUUAUUUGCCAGAUGGAUUUUCACCACGAACCAAGAAGUGUUUCUGGAAAACUAGUAAUAUUUACAAUUUUAAUUUCUAUGACGUUUAUCUAUACAGCAUUCUCAGCAAGAAUCGUUCUACUCUUACAAUCCAACACAAACAGCAUCAAAACAUUGGAGACGCUUUACAAUGCUAAACUGGAUCUCGGUGUGGAGUCGAAAUCUUAUAAUAAAUAUUAUUUUACGGGUCCUAAUGAUCGCAGUAAUGAAUAUUGGCGUAAAACCAUCUACGAGAAGAAAAUCAAAACAUCAAAAGGUGAUAACUUUCUAAAACCGGAAGACGGGAUGCAGCUGGUUAGGGAUUCGUAUUUUGCCUUUCAUAUUGAACGAACUGUAUCGAACUACCUAAUAAAAAAAAGUUUUACUAACGAUCAAACAUGUUCAUUAAGAGUGGUAGAUUCUAUCUACAAAUCCGAUAUGCCACAUUUAUUUUGUCAUAAGGAGUCUCCAUACGUUGAUUUCUUUCUCGUAAGUUUCAGAAGACUAUCGGAAACGGGAAUCCACAACAGAGAAUAUAAAAACUGUUUUGUAAAGCAGCCGAAAUGCCUGGGCAGAGGAAACAUUUUUGUAAGUGUUGGAUUAAAGGAAUGCUACUUUGCGUUUGCUGUUUUUGGAAGCGGAAUAUGCCUAAGUAUUGCAAUAUUAACCAUUGAAAUUAUUGCAGCUCGUCAUAAAUAUAUCAAAAGAGUAAUUUAG